UUGUCACCAUGCUCUCCGCCCACGCGGCCAAACCCGGUGAGCAAACCUCCCAACUUACAAAAAACGUCACCGGGCCGUCUAAUUACAAGUCAUGGAAGUACACGCACAACAACAAAUAAUCAGUCGCAUUGAAUGUACGUGCUGCAUAGGAUAUGACGUAUAAACAUCAAAUAUAACUAAUAAGUAAUCUAUUCGUCAAAUCUAAAACGUCGUGUAAACGUUUGGUGUGUAGUCACAAAGCCCAAAGGGGUGUGGAAAUGGUCCUAAAGUUAAAAGGACCAACACAAGUACCGGUUGUGGACGAGUCAUCCUGAGUAGUUGCUGGUAUCUAGCGCCGUUUGUUGGAGGCAGACGUAGUCACCCAAGAGGAAGCAGACCAGAGGCGGAGUUCAUACUGUUGUAAAGCACGCAGAAGAGCGGGACCAUGGCUGAGAAUAAAAUGGGUCCAAACCUGCAGGCUGGCGCUGGAUUCCUCGCUAAAAGGGUACAGAAGUCACUGAAUCGCGCUCAGGAGAAGGUUCUUCAGAAACUGGGCAAAACCAUGGAGACCAAAGAUGAACAUUUUGAGCUGUGUUUGCAGAACCUGAACAAACAACAGAUGGAUGGAAGUAGGUUGUUUAAAGAUGUUAAGGCCCACUAUGCCGCAGUGAAAGCUGUACAUGAGACAUCUAAGAGAAUGUCACAGACGCUGAGACACAUCUAUGAACCUGACUGGGAUGGCGUGGAGGACCUUGCUGCUAUUACAGGAAGUGAAGACUUGCUGUGGAAUGACUACGAGGAGAAACUGCAUGACCAGAUUGUGCGCACGAUGGAAAACUAUACAAGUCAGUUCCCCGAAGUCAAGGAGCGUGUCGCUAAACGUGGUAGAAAGCUGGUGGACUACGACUCAGCACGCCACCAUCUUGAGGCGCUGCAGAGCGCCAAGAAAAGGGAUGAUUCAAAAAUAGCUAAGGCAGAGGAAGAGUUCAACAAGGCUCAGAAUGUCUUUGAGGAGAUAAAUAAUGAGCUGAGGGAGGAGCUGCCUGUUCUCUAUCAGAGCCGCAUUGGUUGCUAUGGGACAGUGUUCCAAAACAUUUCAAAUCUGAGGGAUGUCUUCUACAAAGAAAUGAGUGUGCUUAACCAGGAUUUAUACAACGUGAUGAAAAAAAUAGAGAAUCAACAUUCCGGCAAAGCUUUCAUCAUCAAGGGUCUGAGCAGCAUGUCAGGCAAGUCAAAGAAGAGGAAGUCCUUGAUAAUCUCCAAUCCAAUCCCGUGCAACACGGCCUUCCCGUCGGAUCACAUGUCCAUCCUUUCAUCAACCCAAAAUGGGAAAAAUGCUUUACCGUCCUCACCUGGUCCACAAACUCCGCCCAACUCGGAUGAGAUGGUUGCAGCAGAGGAGAGCGGCGCCCCCUCCAAAGUUGCGCACUCUUCAGACUCGGAUCUCAGUUCCAGCGGCACCAACUCCCCCAAGAGACAGUCGCUGUGCGUCAGUGAGCACAGCGACCCAAGCACGGCAAGCGAAAGUCCGGAGGAGGUGGAAGUGGAAGCCGAACCUGAAGCCGAAGCCGAAGCUGAGCUCGCUACACACCAGUCUGACAACUCCGGCCUGGAGGUCCCAAAAUCUGACCCUGCGACUCAAGAAACACCAGGCCCUUCUUCCGAUUGCGCCAGUAGUGAAGCACCGCACGUUCCUGAGCAGCAGGACGAUGCGAGUGAGCCGCCAUCAGAGGACGACAAAACCAAAAGCGCACCCGUUCCCGCCCCUCGAGUCUCUUUCCGCUCCCAGAAUUCGACGGCUCAGGAGGAGCAGGAGUGUGAGGGAGCAUGUGACGACAUGAAGGAGACCACUGUAUCAGGAGAUGACCAUGAUGCAGAUGACCUUCUCUCCAAGUGGGUGGCGCCGGAGAGCCAUGCAGCCUCUGAAGGUGGCCAGCUCCAGUGUGAGCAGAAGGACAUCCUCCUGGGGCUUGCUGGUGAUGAAAAGGAAGAUGUGCCGACGUGGGCCAAGGAGGAGAGCGGGAAACUAUGCCUGGAUUCAGAAAAUCACAGCGGGGCUUUCUCAGAAGACGUCAUCGGGCCUGUUGAGGCAGAGUGAGGCAAUAGUUUGUCUCUUAAUAGUUUGAUUCCUCCCACAGCUCCCACAAACAGCUGGUGACACACAAACACACGCACACACGCGCAUGCAGCGUUUCACACGCAGAAGGUUGAAAUUGUUUAGGGUGUGGAAGCAGCACGGAGAAAUAAUUCUUAAAUGUUGUGAUGCAACAUGUGAAACUAAAUCUCACGAGCAGCUGAAGUGAAUUUUGCCAGUAUUUCGAUGAAGCUGCGUUUUAUACUACAGUAUUUUCUGCUUUUUUUAUUCUUCCUAAGAAAUAAUGUGAAGCAUUUUUUUAAAUGUGUUCUUUCAGAUAUAUCAAUAAAG